AGAGUCAAUAUAUAUAGAAUCAAGCGCAACGUAAUAUUUAGAGAAGAAAGAAGUUUAAGCAAUGGAAGUAUUCACAGACAUAUCAUCUUCUAUGAUGUCUGUUAUGUUGGUAGGAGCUGCCACAAUGCUUGUUGUGGCAACAAUUCUACUAAAACGCCAUAGAAAUUAUAGUAUCCAUCUCCCUCCAGGCCCCAGAGCUCUUCCUGUAAUUGGCCACUUUCAUCUUCUCAUAGAUAAAACCAGGCCACUUCACCAGAUUCUAAGCUCACUUUCAACACAGUAUGGACCUAUUAUGCAUCUCAAAUUUGGUAGCUGCCCUGUUUUAGUAGUAAGUUCUUCAGCUUUAGCCAAAGAAUGCUUGACGGUGAAUGACAAGAAUUUUUCAUCUCGCCCUUCUCUCGCACAAGGUCAGUUUUUAGGUUACAAUAAUUAUAAUCUGGCUUGGGCUCCUUAUGGCCGCUAUUGGCGAAAUGCUAGAAAAAUCUGUGUACUUGAGAUUCUGACUCCGAAAAGAAUCCAAGAUUUCGGAACCAAGAGAAGGCAAGAAAUUCAUAAAGCAGUGAAUUCUUUGUUUCAGCAGGCACAGUUGAAGAGUAUUGUUGACAUGAAAAGCGUUUUGGCAAGAUUGACUUUUAAUAUUCUGAUGACUAUGAUUAUAGAUGAGAAGUACUUCGGAGAGGAAUCCGGGAUUUCUGUAGAUUUAAUUACCCACCUGAUCGAAGAAUUCUUUGUGCUUAAUGGAGUAAUUGAUAUUGGGGAUUAUAUUCCCUGGUUGAAGAGGUUUGAUUUGCAAGGGUAUGAGAAGGCUAUGAAGAAGGUACACAAGAAUUUAGACUUGUAUAUGCAGAGAAUUGUGGAGAAGCAUAGGGAGAAAGGAAUAAAAGACGGGGGGGAGAUGGAGGACUUCAUUGAUGUGCUGAUCUCACAGGCAGAGAACAAUGGUGAAGCAAUUGCUGACAAAGAUGCGUUUAUUAAAAUAACUGCUAUUGUUAUGUUUAGUGCAGGCUCUGAUACAUCUUCAAUUACCCUAGAGUGGGCACUGUCAUUGUUAUUGCAACAUCCCCAUGUAAUGAGAAAGGCGCAAGAGGAACUUGAUUCUAAAGUUGGAAGGAAGAGACUAGUGGAGGAGUCAGAUAUACCCCAACUAAGAUACUUGCAAGCAAUAGUGAGAGAAACUCUACGUCUUUUUCCACCAGCGCCUUUGAUGCUGCCACACAAAUCUAAAGAGGCUUGCACAGUGGGAGGCUACCAUAUUCCUGCAGAAACAAUACUGAUGGUAAAUGCAUGGGAAAUUCAUAGGGACCCAAAAGUGUGGAAUAAACCAUUGGAUUUUAAACCAGAACGUUUUAUGGACAAGGAGAGAGAGAUAAGCAACAUCCAAUUGACAGAGAGUGACUUUGAGAUGAUCCCAUUUGGAGCGGGGAGAAGAGGAUGUCCUGGUACUUCUUUGGCAAUGAGUAUGGUACAAACCGCUCUUGCAAGUUUGUUGCAAAGCUUUGAUUGGUCUAUUCCAGAUGGAAGAGUCAUUGACAUGAAUGAAGGGGUUAGUUUGACACUACCAAGGGCAGUGCCUUUGGAGGUUAUGAUCAAGCCUCGUCUUUCUCAUAAUCUAUAUUAAGAAUAGGUCUAGUUUUAAAAUGUGGGAUUCUGUUUCGGAUGUUUGAUGCGGUAGCAUCCUAAGAUAAAUAAAGCAAUCCCGCAUCACUCGAAAAAAAAUAGUUAAGUUAUUAUGUAUCUUAGUAAAUCAACUCCUCAAAAUAAGGAGGAAUGACUAGCUGCUAAGCUUUUAGGUAAAAAAUAAAGAAUUUGGGUAAGGAGAUGGUUACUGUUGUUAGAGUUAGGAUAUUAAAUUGAGCUAUGUUAUUAUUUAGUAGAUAGGGAACACAAGAUGGAUUUAUUGUGCAUCUCAAUUCUGGAGAGACUUUUGUAAGUCUUUUAUUUAUAAAUAUAAGGA